AUGAAAAAGAACGGUAAAGGAAAGAAGGAGAAACCCCCGGUCUGCGACUCGGACUCUAGUGGGGAGGAGGAGACCGGGAGGAAGAGAGUUACCUUAGCGGUGGUAAAGACAAAGUCGAAAGAGAAGAGUCAGAAAUCUAGGAAGGAGAUUCCCUGUGAUCCACGUACUCUGGACGCAGAGCAGUGGAUGAGGGAAUGUUUCCCCCAUUCAGUGCAGUUCAUAAAGAAAUGGCAAAAACGAUAUGAAUGGUGGCAGCCCACAUUCUAA